GGCGGCGGAGCUGGUGCCGGUGCGGGUGGCACCGCCGCCACUGGCGGUGCCGGUGGCGAAUCUAGUGGCAAUGGAGGCCGGCGGAUAUCGAUCACGCUACCCACGUUCCCACCGUCCACGGACGACGAGGACGAAGAUACAGCAACGGUCUUGCCGACGGCUGACACGUCGUCCUCGCCGGCCUCGCCGUCAUCAGACUCUGACCUGGCUGCAUCGAGAAUACUGGAGCCGGCUUCAUCUGAGGCGGCUGCCACCGAUUCUGCGCCAGCCGCAUCCGCAGACUCGACCACGGCUGCUGACUCAGCAGUAGCGGCUGACUCAACCUCAGAAGUGGCAGUCACCACCGCCGAACCAGCGGCUACUUCUGCCUCGGUCACCACCGCCGCCACCGAAGCCGCCCCCGUAACCAACGCCGCUCCGGCCGCCGGAUCAGUCUCCACCACCACCGUCGCCGCUGCUGCUGCCGCCGCUGCAAGUGCCACCGCCAACGCAAUCAGCUCGCCAACCACUCAAAUGGUAAAUCCCGAGGACGGUCCAUGUCGGUGCAUGUUAUAAACUGCAGUACAAUAU